CCUGCCUCGGCCUCCGCUUCAGCCUCGCGCGCCCAGUCGCCGCCGGGUCUCUUGAUUACUAUGAGAAGAGGAGACACCAGAAGGAUUUCUUAAAUGGUUAUUUGAUUUCAUCAGAAAUUACAGUUGACUUCUUGGCUGUAUCUGGGGCUCCUUUUCAUCUUGCAGUCACAAGUCCAGUGCCUUCCUCCACCUCCCUUGAGUUCCUGCAGUGUGAAGUAAGGUGCAGGUGAUGUUACAAAACUGGCAGGGAGACUGAACAGUACUCAUACCUUCACCAUCAGGAGUCUGUUGUCCUGGGAGACCUAUUGAGACAAAUCUCAGAUCUGUCUGCUCUCAGAAGAUUGCGGAAGCAGAAGAUUCAGUAACUGAGAGGCCUCCUUCAAGCUGCUGGAAACUAUUACAGAAGGAACACCUCCCAGAUUUUGCUUCAAGCUCUAAAAAGGAGCACACAGGGGAAGCUUAGUCUUUCUUGGGAUCGAAGCAAAUGCUGUCGGAGCGAUGAACUGGGACUUUAUGUGCGGACUCCUGGCUUGAUCUUGCUAGGAUUGGGUGUAUGUUGUUGGAACGGGCAGGCCAAGAGGCCCUGAAACCUGCAGGCGCCGUCUGUAUGGAGACAAGCGGCUGUAGUCCAUUUCCAGUGUGUUGGGCUAAAGAAUAUGACCGAUACCUAGCAUCUAGCAAAAGAAUGGCAGCUGCAUACCUCGACCCAAACUUGAAUCAUACACCAAGUUCAAGUACUAAGACUCACUUGGGUACCGGCAUGGAGCGGUCCCCUGGUGCAAUGGAGCGAGUAUUGAAGGUCUUUCAUUAUUUUGAAAGCAGUAGUGAGCCAACCACAUGGGCCAGUAUUAUCAGGCAUGGAGAUGCUACUGAUGUCAGGGGUAUCAUUCAGAAGAUAGUGGACAGUCACAAAGUAAAGCAUGUGGCCUGCUACGGAUUCCGCCUCAGUCACCUGCGGUCGGAGGAGGUGCACUGGCUGCACGCGGACAUGGGUGUCUCCAGUGUGAGGGAGAAGUAUGAGCUCGCCCACCCACCAGAGGAGUGGAAAUAUGAAUUGAGAAUUCGUUACUUGCCAAAAGGAUUUCUAAACCAGUUUACAGAAGACAAACCAACAUUGAAUUUCUUCUAUCAGCAGGUGAAGAGCGACUACAUGUUAGAGAUAGCUGAUCAAGUGGACCAGGAAAUUGCUUUGAAAUUGGGAUGUCUGGAAAUAAGGAGAUCCUACUGGGAGAUGCGGGGCAAUGCGCUGGAAAAGAAAUCUAACUAUGAAGUAUUAGAAAAAGAUGUUGGUUUAAAGCGAUUUUUCCCUAAGAGUUUACUGGAUUCUGUCAAGGCCAAAACACUAAGAAAACUAAUCCAGCAAACAUUCAGGCAGUUUGCCAACCUUAAUAGAGAAGAAAGUAUUCUGAAAUUCUUUGAGAUCCUGUCUCCAGUGUACAGAUUUGACAAAGAAUGCUUCAAGUGUGCCCUUGGGUCAAGUUGGAUUAUUUCUGUGGAACUGGCCAUUGGCCCGGAAGAAGGGAUCAGUUACCUGACUGACAAGGGCUGCAAUCCCACACAUCUGGCUGACUUCAACCAAGUGCAGAGCAUUCAGUAUUCAAACAGUGAGGACAAGGACAGGAAGGGUAUGCUGCAGCUCAAGAUCGCAGGCGCCCCUGAGCCUCUGACAGUGACAGCGCCAUCCCUAACUAUUGCAGAGAACAUGGCUGACCUGAUUGAUGGAUACUGCCGGCUGGUGAACGGAGCCACGCAGUCCUUCAUUAUCAGACCCCAGAAAGAAGGUGAACGAGCAUUGCCAUCAAUACCAAAGUUGGCCAACAGUGAAAAGCAAGGCAUGCGGACACACGCAGUCUCUGUGUCAGAUGAAAUUAGUGGGGACGAGACUGAUGAUUACGCUGAGAUCAUCGAUGAAGAGGACACGUACACCAUGCCUUCAAAAAGCUAUGGAAUAGAUGAAGCCAGGGAUUAUGAGAUUCAAAGAGAAAGAAUAGAGCUUGGGCGCUGCAUUGGAGAAGGCCAGUUUGGAGAUGUGCAUCAAGGCGUGUAUUUAAGCCCAGAGAAUCCAGCUUUGGCAGUUGCAAUUAAAACAUGUAAAAACUGUACUUCGGACAGCGUGAGAGAGAAAUUCCUUCAAGAAGCCUUAACAAUGCGGCAGUUUGACCAUCCUCAUAUUGUGAAGCUGAUUGGAGUCAUCACAGAGAAUCCUGUCUGGAUAAUCAUGGAGCUGUGCACACUUGGAGAGCUGCGGUCAUUUUUGCAAGUCAGGAAAUAUAGCUUGGAUCUUGCAUCUUUGAUCCUGUAUGCCUAUCAGCUUAGUACAGCACUGGCAUAUCUGGAGAGCAAAAGGUUUGUCCACAGGGACAUUGCUGCUCGGAAUGUUCUGGUGUCCUCAAAUGAUUGUGUGAAAUUGGGAGACUUUGGAUUAUCCCGGUAUAUGGAAGAUAGUACUUACUACAAAGCAUCCAAAGGAAAAUUGCCUAUUAAAUGGAUGGCUCCAGAGUCAAUCAAUUUCCGACGGUUUACCUCAGCUAGUGACGUGUGGAUGUUUGGUGUAUGUGUGUGGGAGAUACUGAUGCAUGGUGUGAAGCCUUUUCAAGGAGUGAAGAACAAUGAUGUGAUCGGUCGAAUUGAAAAUGGGGAAAGAUUACCAAUGCCUCCAAAUUGUCCUCCCACCCUCUACAGCCUUAUGACGAAAUGCUGGGCCUAUGACCCCAGCAGGCGGCCCAGGUUUACUGAACUUAAAGCUCAGCUCAGCACAAUCCUGGAGGAGGAGAAGGUGCAGCAAGAAGAACGGAUGAGGAUGGAGUCCAGAAGACAGGCCUCAGUGUCCUGGGAUUCUGGAGGGUCUGACGAAGCACCACCCAAGCCCAGCAGACCUGGCUAUCCUAGUCCAAGGUCCAGUGAAGGGUUUUAUCCCAGCCCACAGCACAUGGUACAGACCAAUCAUUACCAGGUCUCUGGCUACCCGGGUUCCCAUGGAAUCGCAGCCAUGGCUGGCAGCAUCUACCCAGGUCAGGCAUCCCUUCUGGACCAAACAGAAUCAUGGAAUCACAGACCUCAGGAGGUGUCUAUGUGGCAGCCCAGCAUGGAGGACUCGGCGGCGUUGGACCUUCGGGGGAUCGGGCAGGUGCUGCCCCCUCACCUGAUGGAAGAGCGGCUGAUCCGACAGCAGCAGGAAAUGGAGGAAGACCAACGCUGGUUGGAGAAGGAGGAGAGAUUUCUGAAACCUGACGUGAGGCUUUCUCGAGGUAGCAUCGACAGGGAGGAUGGAAGUCUUCAGGGCCUGCCUGGAAACCAGCACAUUUAUCAGCCUGUGGGCAAACCAGAUCCUUCAGCUCCACCAAAAAAACCGCCACGCCCUGGAGCCCCUGGCCACCUGGGCAGCCUGGCCAGUCUGAGCAGCCCUGGGGACAGCUACAAUGAGGGUGUCAAGCCAUGGAGGCUUCAGCCCCAGGAAAUAAGCCCCCCUCCCACUGCCAACCUGGACCGGUCCAAUGACAAGGUGUAUGAGAAUGUGACAGGCCUGGUGAAAGCUGUUAUUGAGAUGUCCAGCAAGAUCCAGCCAGCCCCGCCGGAGGAGUACGUCCCCAUGGUGAAGGAAGUGGGCUUGGCCCUGCGAACAUUACUGGCCACUGUGGAUGAGACCAUUCCUGUCCUCCCAGCUAGCACACAUCGAGAGAUUGAGAUGGCUCAGAAGCUGCUGAACUCCGACCUGGGUGAGCUCAUCGGCAAGAUGAAGCUGGCGCAGCAGUAUGUCAUGACCAGCCUGCAGCAGGAGUACAAGAAGCAGAUGCUGACUGCCGCACAUGCCCUGGCCGUAGAUGCCAAGAACCUGCUCGAUGUCAUUGACCAAGCAAGACUCAAACUGCUAGGACAGACGAGGCCACACUGAGCGUCAUCAGGCGAGAAGGAAGUCUUUCUGCCCUUCGGAGAUGUUCUCUAGCCUUCCACCAGCAGCGAGGAAUGGCUGUUUCCUCAGUCGCCAGCACUCGCAGCUCCCACGGAACGACAGCUAGUUUUGAAAAUCUCUCGUCUGCAUUUGACCACAUUUAGAUUGGGUUCAUUUUUGUUAUUUUUCUAAAUCAUAAUGUUCAGAAAAGUCUGGAUCCAAAAUGUGGAUUUUUCUGAGAAUGGAAAUUGUGCAGGAAGAAGCUUUGAAGAGUCACAAAGGACAGUUGGUAUUUACAGUGGGUUGCCUCUCAUUGGAAAAUGCAUUAGUGGAAUGGCUUGGGGACCAUGUUAAUUCCCAGCCCACCGUUGCUGCAUUGGUAGAAGAGCAAAGAGUCUGUGAGGAGUCCAGGAGGCCGCAAGACCUUUCAGGCCAGUUCCUGUCCAGGCUGGACACCCUUCAGAUGCAAUAUGCUAAUCCAUUUACAAGGAAGGAAUAUAAAAGCUGUAUUUUGAAAGCUUGCUUCAGAAGAAAGCUACCACCCUUUCUCUCCCUUUUUACUUUCCCGUGGAUACUGAAGCACUGGGUUGCGAACUAGCUAUAGAGCAGGACUAAAACUCUUGUCUUUUCUCACCAGAAUUCUGUGCCAGUUUUUUGUAGCAAUGUAAUUUCUCUUGGAAGCAGAAAUGCUUUGUACCAGAGCACCUCCAAACUGUAUUGAGAAGACGUCCCAGGACCAUCCCUGUUUUCCAUUUUUAUAUAAUUUAUAAAGAAAGAUUAAAGCCAUGUUGACUAUUUUGUAGCCACUGGAGCUAACUAACCUUCAUUGCGUCUGUCUUCCCAGGAGAGAAUCCCAUGCAACAGAGACUGGGGGAAUCUGAUUCUCUGUAGAUGUGCAGUUGUCACACCAUCUGUUCUGUUAGGUGAUUUUGAAGAGUAUGCCCUCCCUUUAGUUGUUGGGGGAUAUAAAUUAUUCUCAGGAAGAAUAUAAUGAAUUGUACAGUUACUUUGACCUAUUAAAGAGGUGGCGCACAGUG